GUUCCUGGCCUUGGUGAUGCCCAGGAUGUGUGUCUCUGGCCGCUGGUUACAGCUCUCGCUGGAAGCGAUGAUGCAGAUCGACAUCAACAUUGCGCACUCUUCAGGCGAGAUCAACGAGGCCGCACUGCCAGCCCUUGCCAUCGCGUCGGCGCGAGCCGUGCUGAAGGGGUACAACUCUGCCAUCGAGUACGCGGUGAACAGCGCCAUGACGCAGUACAUGCUGACCGUGUGGCUCCAGCUGAUGCAGGACUGGCCCACGAGGCACCGCAUGCCGGACAUCACCGCGGCGGACGUGCACAGGAUGGAGCUCCACCUGCUCCGCACGUACAGCUCGCUCACACCCGCGACCAUGUGGCUCGAGGCUUUCCAGGAGCGCUUCCGGGUGCUGGACAAGCUGCUCGGGGUGAUCCCGCCGAGCUUCGGCGACGACUUCUGGAAGAAGAGCCUGUGCUACGCCGCCCUGGUCGCCGCGGGGCAGCCGGCCAGCAACUCGCUCACGCCGCGGCUGCAGGCCAUGGGCGCCGUGAGCCUCUGCCUCGAGUGCGCGGGGCUGGCGGCCGGCGCCGCCCAGGACCCGGGCCAGGCCGCGCUCGUGGCGGUGCUGACCUCCGUGGGCGUGGGCAGCGCGGAGGAGCUGGAGCCCGCCCGCGCCCUCUCGCUGGAGGCCAUCCAGCACGUGCCGCACGUGCUCGCGGUGCGCCUCCUCCAGGUCCUGGCCCACCAGGGCCGACCGGGGGAGGAGCCGGCCGCACCGCCCAGCUGCCCCGGCCCCGGGGGCCCAGGCGCUCGCUGCACGGCCGUGGGGGACCUCGCGAGGGAGGAGUGGUGGCACAUGACGGGCGAGUACGCUGGCGAUCCGACCGGCCCAAGUUCUUUCGACGACCUGCCUGGAGACAGGCAGUAG